AUUUCCUUGCCACCAAACUCUCCAACCAACCUCAAAACUAUUUUGCAGAGCAUUACCAUUCCACCAUCCCUUUCUCAAAGCCUCCAUCACCCUGCUUCUAAUCCAACUUGACCCCAACCUUCACUUCAACUCAACUCCACUCCAUCUUAAUCUUCAAUCCUUCUGAACAAACAUCAGUUGAACCUUCUCCAUCUCCAUCUAGUCUCUCCUGCAUCCACAAGCUACAACAAUCUCCCAACCACUCAUGGAGACAAAAAUAAGGUACAAUAAACACUGGAAAAGAACAUCAGAGAGAUGAAUCUAGAGAUGGUGAGGAUGAUGCAUAGCUGGUUCACAUUGCCACCUUUGCAUGCAGCUUUCCACCAUGAAUGGGAUUUGAAGAACAUCACCACAACCUUCUUCAAAUGCACCAGAUGGCAAGUUGAGGAAACCACAGACAUCAUCAACUGUCCUUACCACUACUUCUGCAGCAGUACUUAUCCUGGAAACUACUCUUCUGCUGUGGACUUUGCAGUGCUUUUGUUCUCCCUUGUUUCCUAUGCCUCAACUGCAAUCUUCACGGCAAUGGAGUUCAGAAGAAGUAGGACAAACCAGAAGAGAAGAUAUCUCUUGCCUUCAGGUCCAAUAUGUCUUCCAUUAAUGCUGUUGAUUCUCUCAAAAGGUUACAGAAUUAACACUGUAUUUCCUCUCAUGCACACUGGUCCUGCACUUCUCCAACUUGUUCAUCUCUCAGCUCUUGCCUUCCAAAACCAAGUUGACAACAGUUUACAGUAUGCAAUACUUGAAGCUUCAACGGUUUCUGGAAUUCUGCAUGCUAGUUUGUAUUUGGAUUCUGUCAUCUUGCCUUACUACACAGGAUUGGAAGCACUAACAAAGUCGACGUUUUCCGGUGAGUGUUCGACGUGUGUGUGCAGGAGAGAGGCUCUGAUGGUGGGAGGAAAGCUGGUCUUUUACAGAGGGUGGUCAAGGACAACAUGGGCAGUUGUUGGCACUCUUUGUUCAAGAAUGUUGUGUAGGAUUUGUGGGGGAGAGAAGGUUGCUUUGUUGAUCAAACAAAUGGCACAAGUUAUGAGUUGGAUUUUCAUUGCAUGGGAUGCAAUGUACUUGACCAUUGGUAUUCCACAGAGUGGAGUUCUUAGUUUGGGUAUUUAUGGAGGGAUUUGUUUCUUGAUUUUUCUUAAUAUUUUCAGAAAGGUUGGAUGUUUCCUGGUUUGGCUAAGAAGAGCAGUCUAUCCAAUGAAGAAGAUGAAAGAUUUCAAUCAUUUGGAUGUUUAGAUGGCAUGAUAAGGAAAUUGAGAUCAACUUAAUUAUGGUUUAAAUUUCUUUCUGGAAGGAAAUUAAUAUACAUUCUAAUUGUACAUGGCUGUUCAUAUGAUUCAAAAUGGAGUUCCUUUUUCUUCUUC